AUGGCCGUUGCAGACGUCGCCGUCUCCGCGGAGCAGUCAGAGCAGUUCUCGUCCUUCGUGGAGCACUUGCAAGCCGAACACGGCAGCAUCGACGGCAAGACGACCAACCUAAACCAGCUCAAGUCCUUCUAUGACUUCAUCGUGGGGCAGCCCAACGGGUCCGUGAUCCUCGACAGCAUCGUUAGCCCGGCCAAGACGGCAGCCCUCACGACGGCUUCCGUCAAAGACGCCGGAUUCUCCAACGAGACAGGCGCCGCCGGCUCGCUCUUCAACGUCUGGGUCUACAACCAGCUGCAGGUCAAGGCCGACGGCCUAGGCCGCAGCUUCGACGGCAAGUCGUUUGGCCUCGUCGCCGGUCUCCCUGGCGGCGCGCUGUUUGGCACGUUGUACUACAACAGCAGCGAGGACGUCAAGGGCGAUUGCGACAUGUACAUUGGGGCUACGCCGGGGUACCUAUAUGCCAACUUCUCCAGGGGCGGCAGCCAGUUUGCGGCCUUCCACGCCUUCAAUGUCGGCGCCAACGCUGGCGGAGCUUGGGGCAGCGGCACCUGGAAAUGA